CGCGGGCUCCAGAGCUGCUCUUCGUGCCGGAGCCCGGGACGCGGCGCCCCGGGGGAGGAGGCCGAAGGGCCGCGGCGAUGGCUCCGCCGGGACUCCUGGAGUCCGCUGUCCUCGCCGCUGCUGUCUUCGUGGGAGGCGCCGUGAGUUCGCCGCUCGUGGCCCCGGACAAUGAUGGCAGCCACCCAUUACACUCCAGAACUGAGACGACGCCCUCACCCACGAACAAUGGAAAUGGACACCCAGAAUACAUUGCGUACGCGCUUGUCCCUGUGUUCUUCAUUAUGGGUCUCUUCGGCGUCCUCAUCUGCCACCUGCUUAAGAAGAAAGGCUAUCGUUGUACAACAGAAGCUGAGCAAGACAUGGAAGAAGAAAAGGUUGAAAAGAUAGAGUUGAACGACAGUGUAAAUGAAAAUAGUGACACCGUUGGGCAGAUUGUCCACUACAUCAUGAAAAAUGAAGCAAAUGCUGAUGUUUUAAAGGCAAUGGUAGCAGAUAACAGCCUGUGUGAUCCUGAAAGCCCGGUGACCCCUAGCACUCCUGGGAGCCCGCCUGUGAGCCCCGGGCCCUUGUCGCCAGGUGGCACCCCAGGGAAGCACAUCUGUGGCCACCAUCUGCACACAGUGGGUGGUGCUGUCGAGCGGGACGUGUGUCAUCGAUGUAGGCACAAGCGAUGGCACUUCAUAAAACCCACCAACAAGUCCAAAGAGGGCCGCUCAAGGCGCCAAGGAGAAGUUACUGUCCUCUCUGUGGGCAGGUUUAGAGUUACGAAAGUGGAACACAAGUCAAAUCAGAAGGAGCGGAGAAGUUUAAUGUCAGUUAGUGGGACCGACAGCAUCAAUGGGGAGGUGUCUAUGACACCCGUGAAGAGAGAGCGAAGUGGCACAGAGUAGCAGGAGUGACUUUACUUGAAGAGUUCUAAGGGACUGAAAACUUAUGACAUAUAAAGCUGCCUAGGGAAUUAUUUUUUUAUCUUUUAUACAAUUUCUAUGGUGGAGUCUGCAGCCAUGUGGAUGAAAGCUAAAAGGGAAUACUGUUGCUAUGCUGGAUACAGAAUUCAGUUUGCUUUGAAACAAGUUUUGGUUUAAAAAUGUCUGAUGAAAAAUUUAUUACAUUUCCAGGGAGGAAAAGAGCCCAUGUUUUUGUCUUCCCAACCACCACCCCUCCCAAUCCCCCAUCUGUGGCCUUGGUGUACACACUGCAAUUUUUCCAGUAUGAUAACUGUGUACAGUGGAACUAUAUGUGUAUAGUCUGAGCUAAUGCUCAGGGUGUGUGUGUCUGUGUGUGCAUAUGUGUGUAUGUACACACAUGUCUGUGUGCCUGUGCUUCUGUUCCCCCAACUCUUAGAUCUCAUUUUGCUACUGGUUUUAAGACGAUCCCCUUACAGUUUAACUGCUACAAAAGAUAAAAGAUGAAUCUUUGGUAGUGAAGGCUCCUUGAAGAUAUAGUCUAACCCUGGGCAGUUGAUCCUCCAAGAGAUCAUGGAGUCAGAGGGAACUGGAUGCUAGACUUUGGAUUCAGAGACGAGAAAUCAGCACUGACCUGCUACCAGCAUGCCACAACUAGGUCACUUAUAAAAUAUUGAUAGUUUUGGUUGUUUUUUUGUUUGUUUGUUUUAACUCAAGCUAAGCAAAUCUUAUUUAGCCAUUGAAUAAAGGGGGAGAUGGUUUAAAGUCAGUAAAAAAAAAGUCUUGUUUUGACAACUCAAGGCUAAAACAAAACAAGACAAUCUCCACUUCUGGUGCAAGAUGGACCCGCACCUUCCUCUGGUAUGUUUUCCUUGGUGUUCUUCCUGUUCUCCAUCUUGUAGCUAGUGUCUGUUAUUUAAAGGAUUCUUGAGGGUUACUUUCCCCUGUAGGUGUGGAAUACCCCACUUUAAAAAAAAAAAAAAAGCUUUACAGUUUACAAAACACCUCAAAGAACCCAGAGGUGAAGGUAGUAGUACAUUUAUGGGAGGUCUGGGCCAAGAGGUUGGGGAGUCCAGGUAUAGGGAAAUCUUCAAGACCUGCCUCCAUGUUGGUAUGGUGCCUUGGCACUUCCUUUAUUUCAAAAAGAAAGCACAAUUCUCAUUUGACUCCCAAAAGAGGAUUCCCAUGAAAAUGUACUUUAAAGUAUUCAUUCUUUUUCUGGCACCAGACUAAAAAUUUCUAACCUUUUAAAUGAAUGGUAGGUUCAAUUUCAUGUGAAUUUUUGCUGACAACUAAUUAAAAGCUGUACAUGUGUACGUGCAUACAUGCAGUAGACCAGGGGAAGGCAAUAUGGAAAUAAAUUUCAUGGCAGUCCAGAAAGUAGCAAUAUAGGAAUUUUGGGGGGGGGUGUAUUAGUAUAAAUAAUAUGUGUGCAGUCUAGACCAAUAGUUUUAGUUUUAUAAAGAGGAAUCAUUUUUUGUUUUAAAAAUAUUAUGCCCCCGGAAUGGUGAGGGAUAAAGUGUAAGAUAUUCUUCAGCUUUAAUUAUUUUAUAAUUUUAUUCAGGUCAGAUCGCUUUUUUUUUUAAUAGCAAUACAACAGGCAAGAGAAUACUCAAAAUAUUUAAAUUGUAUUUAUACCAAAAGUAUGUUUUAAAUAUUUUCUAAUACUUGAGCAGUUUUUGUCUGACUGGCUUCUAAAUAUGCCAAAAGUUGAGCAUUCAAUAUUUUCAACAUGUAUGCUUUUUACUGGUUUAUAUUACCUAAUAAGAAUCUUUAAGUGUUCCCAAAGCAACGGAUGUUUACAGGCCUUUUGUGUUUUUCCUCCUGUAGAAGGCUUGGAGACCCACAACAAAGUUACUAUAUAAAACACUAAUGAUGGACUAACUUCUGAUAUAAUAAAUGAGUUGGCUACCACCUCAAUGUAAAAAUUUGUAAAGGAAAUUUUUCACCGAGUGUCAAAUGUAUUUUUAACUGUCUGGUUUGUACUUCUAUGACUUUUGUACUACCAAAGCAGAGUUAAAAAUAAAAACG